AUGGCAGCAAGCACAUCACAGCCGCUGCGCGUCCAUCUAAUCUGCGACUUCGACGGCACAAUCGCCCAAUCCUCCACACUGAGCAUCCUGGCCCGGGUCGGAUAUCAUCGCAACCCGACCGCAAGGCCAUGGUCAGAGAUAACCUCGGCCUACAUGCGAGACCUGCAGCAUCACAGAGACACCUACACGAACACCAAGUUACGAACGACGAAGAACCGGAAUGACGGCAUCCACGAAGAACUGGCGUACCUGGAUAGUCUCCGGCCCGUGGAAAGAGCAAGCAUCGAACGGAUCGAGGCCGCGGGCGUCUUCAAGGACGUGACGCCGGCCGAUCUCUCUCGGGGUGCUAGCAAGGCUGUCCGGGAAGGCAAGAUCACGUUCCGGUCCGGAUGGGAUCGGUUAGUUCAGGAUGUCCGGGCGACUGGUGGAUGGACGGAGGUGAUUAGUGUGAAUUGGAGUCGGGUGUUUAUCCGCGCUGCGAUCGAUGCGGCGUUUCCUGCUGCCCUCUUGGCUGGGAGCCCGGAUUCGGAUUUCAAGAUCGCUGCGAACGAUAUCAUGGAGGACGGGUCGGGGGGAAUUACGAGGCCCUUCCGGCAUCCCGAUGGGGGGAUCUGGACGGCCGAGGAUAAGAUGCGUCUUGUGAAGGAGACGCUGGAUGCGUAUCCGCGGACUAUCUAUGUGGGCGACAGUGUGACGGACUUACGGUGUCUCUUGGAGAAGAGGAUUGUGGGGAUUAUUGUCCGGGACGAGGAGAUGACCUUCGAACAGAAGGAGUUGAAAGAGAUACUGGACAAAUCGGGGAUUGUCGUUAAGCAUGUUAGCGAGUGGGAUGAAGAGGAGUGGUCUUCGGCUGAUCCCAGUCAGUUGUAUUGGGCCAGGGAUUUUGGGGAGAUCUGUGAUAGUCCACUUUUUGCUCGGAGCUGA